AUGGCACCCAAUCUUGCCGCGUCAAAGCAUGAGCUUAUUUAUGAUAUGAUUCACAGUGGAGAGCUAUCUGUCUCGCAGAUGGCAAAGGCUGCUGGCUGCCACAGGAGUACCAUCCUAAGAAUAUCCUCCAAUAUAAAAGACUUUGGUAGCGUCAAAGCGCCACCGAAUAAAGGUGGUCGACCACGAAGCAUCUCUCCGGUUAUGUUGACAGCUCUUUGUGAUCACCUGCUCGAAAGGCCUAACCUCUACCUUGACGAGAUGGCAAUUUUCCUGUGGGACGAAUUCGAAAUCCAAGCAACAAAAUCGAGUAUCAGCCGCGCUCUUGCUUAUAAAGGCUGGUCUAAAAAGACCGCCCGAGUCAAGGCUCGAGAACGCAACCUAGAUCUGCGUGACGAGUAUACUCAUUUUAUCUCGGAUUUCCAGUCGUACCACCUUAUCUAUGUGGACGAGUCUGGAUGUGAUAAAAGGAUAGGCUUUAGGCGAACGGGAUGGUCUCCACUUGGGGUGGCCCCAGUUCAAGUGUCCAAAUUCCACCGGGAUCAACGAUAUCAGAUACUACCGGCAUAUGCUCAAGAUGGUAUUGUUCUCUCUCGGGUGUUCCGAGGCUCGACUGAUGCAUCCGUCUUCGAGGAUUUCAUUGGACAGCUUCUUCAACACUGCGGUAGGUGGCCUGAGCCGAAGUCUGUGUUGGUCAUGGACAACGCAUCCUUUCACCAUUCCGGUCGAAUAGAAACGAUGUGUUCUGAAGCCGGCGUAAAGCUAGUGUAUCUGCCUCCAUACUCUCCCGACUUGAAUCCUAUUGAGGAGUUCUUUGCUGAACUAAAAGCCUUUAUUCGGCGCAAUUGGCAGUCCUACGAAAAUGACCCGGAUCAAGGUUUUGAUCGCUUUCUUGAAUGGUGUGUUGAUAUUGUCGGUGCGAGAGAGAAAAGUGCGGAAGGACAUUUCCGUCACGCAGGUCUAGCAUUAGAAGAAACCUGA